AUGUCCAAACGAACGAGCAGCUCUGUAACCAACGGAAGCGCGGCAAAGGAUGCUGCCGGCAGCUUCGAUGAACCUGCCUACGACAAGCAGAAGCUUCUCCUGUCAGCCGAUACAGGCCAUUUCUCUUUGAUACGUGCCCUUCAUCUUGCCGAUGUCAUCACUCUAUGCAACGGUGCCUGCGGAGUAAUGUCUAUUUUCACUUCUCUGCGCUACUGCCUAGGUGAUCCCGAAUCUGUUAGCACUCUAUACCUUGCUCUUUUUUUCUUGCCCUUUGGUCUCUUUUUCGACUUUAUGGAUGGCAAGGUCGCGCGGUGGCGGAAAAAGAGCAGCAUGAUGGGCCAAGAGCUUGAUUCAUUAGCAGACCUGAUCUCUUUUGGCGUGGCUCCCGCCUCUGUGGCCUUCGCUCUUGGCUUACGCACGGCUGUUGACCACGCCUGCCUCACCUUCUUCGUUCUCUGCGGUCUAACACGUCUUGCUCGCUUCAAUGUCACUGUUUCAGUACUCCCCAAGGAUGCAACUGGCAAGAGCAAAUAUUUUGAGGGCACCCCGAUCCCGACGAGUCUUGGCCUAGACGCUGUCAUGGCCUACUGGAUUUCUCAGCGCUGGAUUCUGCAGGACCUGCCCUUGGGAACGUGGCUUACUGGUUCUGUCCUUGAGUUUCACCCUGUUGCCCUUGUUUUUAUCAUUCACGGAUGUUUAAUGACGAGCAAGAGCAUCCACAUACCCAAGCCCUGA